CCGCGGCGGCGGCGGCGGCGGUAAGAUGGCUGCCCACGGGGGCUCCGCGGCGUCGUCGGCGCUGAAGGGGUUAAUCCAGCAGUUCACCGCCAUCACCGGUGCGAGUGAAAGUGUAGGAAAACAUAUGCUUGAAGCUUGUAACAACAACCUGGAGAUGGCGGUCACUAUGUUUUUGGAUGGAGGAGGAAUUGCUGAGGAGCCUAGUACCAGCUCAGCAAGUGUCUCUACUGUCAGACCACACACAGAAGAAGAAGUUCGUGCUCCAAUUCCUCAAAAGCAAGAAAUAUUGGUGGAGCCAGAGCCUUUGUUUGGGGCUCCUAAAAGGAGAAGGCCAGCACGUUCAAUAUUUGAUGGUUUCCGAGAUUUUCAAACUGAAACUAUUAGGCAGGAACAGGAAUUAAGAAAUGGAGGAGCAAUAGAUAAGAAGCUAACCACCCUUGCAGAUCUAUUCCGGCCCCCAAUCGACUUGAUGCACAAGGGCAGCUUUGAAACAGCCAAAGAGUGUGGCCAGAUGCAGAAUAAGUGGCUGAUGAUAAACAUUCAAAAUGUUCAAGACUUUGCAUGCCAGUGCCUCAACCGUGAUGUAUGGAGCAAUGAAGCUGUGAAGAAUAUUAUCCGGGAACAUUUCAUUUUCUGGCAGGUUUAUCACGACAGUGAGGAAGGUCAGAGAUACAUACAGUUUUAUAAGCUAGGGGAUUUCCCCUAUGUUUCCAUCUUAGAUCCACGGACAGGUCAGAAGCUAGUAGAGUGGCACCAAUUGGAUGUAUCUUCUUUCUUGGACCAAGUAACAGGGUUUCUGGGAGAACAUGGGCAACUGGAUGGACUUUCUAGCAGCCCCCCGAAAAAAUGUGCCCGAUCAGAGAGCCUCAUAGACGCUAGUGAAGACAGCCAACUGGAAGCUGCCAUCAGAGCCUCCUUGCAAGAGACACAUUUCGACUCUGCACAAGCAAAACAGGAUAGCCGCUCAGAUGAAGAGUCUGAAUCGGAACUUUUUUCUGGCAGUGAGGAAUUCAUAUCGGUUUGUGGCUCUGAUGAAGAAGAGGAGGUAGAGAAUCUUGCUAAGUCCAGAAAGUCUCCUCAUAAAGAUUUGGGGCAUAGAAAAGAGGAGAACAGAAGGCCACUGACAGAGCCCCCAGCCAGAACUGAGCCUGGCACAGCCACAAACCAUCAAGGAUUGCCAGCCAUGGAUUCUGAGGUCUUGGAGAUGUCACCUGAAAAGUCAGAUGGAAUAGUGGAGGGGAUAGAUGUAAAUGGACCAAAAGCACAGCUGAUGCUGCGGUACCCAGAUGGAAAAAGGGAACAGAUCACUCUUCCAGAGCAAGCCAAAUUACUGGCUUUGGUGAAGCAUGUCCAGUCUAAAGGAUAUCCAAAUGAACGUUUUGAACUUCUCACCAACUUCCCUCGGAGGAAGCUCUCUCAUCUGGACUAUGACAUUACCUUACAAGAGGCUGGCCUCUGUCCUCAAGAGACUGUCUUUGUACAGGAAAGAAAUUAACACCAUGGCCUGACCUCUCUCAGCUUACCCCCUUUUCUCUCUUCCCGCGAGAUACCAUGUCACUAAGUAUGCAUUUUGGCUCAUAGGACUAACCGUAGAGCCAAAGCUGGGCAAGCACGUCACCUGCCUUUUCUUUAUCUCUUUCUGUCACUUGUAAAUCAGUCUCCUUCCCCCUUAUCUCUGUUUUCUUUCUUCCUCUUUUUUCUCACUUUGUUCUUUCUUACCAGAUGUGGUGACCAAAUGGAAGUGUACGAAUAAGAAUAACAUCUCUCCUAGUACUGGCAGCACGAAAUGUGUGUUCUAACAAGUGCUCUUUUGCAUGACACCUUUUGGGGACCUAGUGAUGUUUCUACUUCUAGACUCUGUUGACAAAGAAUGGCUAGAAUCAGAAUUUAAAACAGCCCCCAUUUUUGGUAGGAAAAAGAAAUUCUUUUAACAUCAUAUAGGAACAUGUCAUAAUAAAAUAUCCAGGCUUUUGUUUAUGUGGGAAAAGCAUCCUUUAAUACUUUUGAUCAUCAUAUUUAAAAUUUCCCUCAAGGAUUCCCAUCUUCUAGUUACAAGCUAUUUCCAUGAUGUGUGUUAUUGGCAGAAUCAGUGCUCAGUGUAUUGUGUGUAGCACAGGGUGGUUUUCAAUGACCUAGCCUGAGACAGUUUCCUUUAUUAUUACUCUAUCAGUUAUAUUCCUCUUUGCAGUCCUAGGAUGAAGCUUUAGUAAGCAUAUUGUGUCUGGGCUAGGACAGUGCUUGCUGUCUUUGCCUGCACAGCACAUUAGUUCCUUUGGCUCCAGUGUCUGAGUCUAAUGUAUUCUGUAGGAUGGCAGGUGUUCAAUAAUCAUGUAGUGCAAUGGCAUUAACAAUUACACAAUAACAUUGGUUAUUGAUUGUCCUGUGUACUUAAGGCAUACUUAAGUAUGUCCCAGUGUUGAGUGGGGUGGGGGGUGGGGACAAAAGCCUGCAGCUGAGAGUUGCUAACAAUGUUCUUUUGGUUAGAAAUACUGAUCAUUUUUUUACCCCAAUUGGAAAUGCUUUGCUAACUAAUUGACUUUAAUUCCUCAUGCUGUUUUAUUUUAGAAAAUAUCAAAACUGAAAGUCUCUAAGAGGAAGACCUUCAAACUUGGUUCAUACGACAACAGUUAGUAAGCGAGAUUUCUAGUAAUUGUCAGAUGUGAGGGUUUUUUUUUCUGCCAACAAAAAGUCACAUUCAAAUUGUAUUUGGUAAAAGCUUUUUUCAGUAUUAUUUAGAAAAGGCCACCUGAAUCUGUAUAGUACUAUUCAUCAGCUUAACUGUAUGCUCAGUUCUUUCCUUGAGCUUUAAGUAGAGUUCUCUAGCAGGGCAGGUAGUGUUUUGGUGGGAAAACCAAAACUUUAUAAACUGCUUAUAAAACCAUUUCUGUAGAAUGACCUAUCUUGUCAGUUGAAGAUUUUUCAGUGAUUCUUGAACCUGUACACAAUCUAAAUUGUGAUUACUCAGAAACCUUUGGAUUCUGUGUACUUGCAGAUCUCUCUCUUGGCAACUAGGGGAUUAAAAAGAUAAGCUAAAGAGAUGUGGUGUGUUGCUAGUAUGCAAUUAUAGAAUAUGGUUGUUUAUGGUUGGAUUUUGAGGGACCUUCCUAAAGAAUGGGUUAUGUAUCUCCACAAGGAAAUCAUGGAAAAUUCUGUUAUUUUUCAGUGAGUCCUUUUGAAUUAAUGUUCUUACAUUUUUUUUCUAAGUCUGUGUAAGUGCUUAUGUAUAAGUAUAUAAUUGUAUAAAUAUUUAUAAAUAUAUUUAUAUAAUUACAAUUUCAUUUAUACCUUGAGUCAAAGUUCUCUCUUUUGAUUGGUGACUGAACAAUACCACUUUGGUGUUUUUCAUAGUGCUUGAGGCUUAACCAACAGUUUGGAUUUAUUUAGCAAGCAUGUUAAUUCCUCAGUUGUAUCUUGAACUUGAGUAAAAUCUGGCUGUCUGAGGAACAGAGUCUUAGAGGCCUAAAAAAAACCUAGUAGUCAAGGUCAGCAGUCUAAUCCUUCAGGAGCCACAGGGUAAAAAGUGAGAGAGUACCCAGCUUCGCCACGCUGGCACCAUCUCCUCUGCUGGCACAGGUCCAGCUAAAGCCCAAGUCCGUCAGAAAUAUGAAGUCAAGAAUUUUCCCUUAGAAGAGUCUGUUGCACCCUCUUAUCCUGUUAAGUUAGGUUCUCUUUAUACAGUAAAACCUAUCUUGAGAACCUGAGGCAAGAUGUUCAGAAGUGAGAGGGUGUAUAGUUCUUUAUGUGCUUAGCACUGACAAAUCCAUUUAUGAGAAACCAAAGUAAGAUAAGCAAGUAUAUAUGUGAGUUAAGAGAACAUGGCAUUAUGCACCUGUAGAGCUUAGUCAGGAUGCUCAGCUGUAGGAGACUUUAUUUAAUGUUGACAAGGAGUAUGGAUAUCAAGGCUGGCCUAUGAGAGGAAGGGGGAUUAUACAUGAGAGAAAUAAGUGGGGAUAUUGCCCUGCUUGAGAAUUUAAGGAGUUUGCCUUAGUUCCUUUGCAAGUUAUUUUGCUUUCAAGGGAGAGCUUUCAGUGGACAGUCAGGUGAGAUCUGUGAGGUUAGUUAAAUGUAGUGACUCCCUGUAUGUAGUAGAAACAGCUCAAAAGUUGUUUUUAAGUAAGGAGGGAAGGGACAAGAUAGACUUGAGUGACAUAUAGAAGGUAUGGAAACUUGUAAGGAAAGUGAAAGGGGAGCUUUGUGUACUGGGGGGAGAACGGUGCCAGGGGAAGGGAGCAGCUAGCAUGUGUGAUGUGCACUCUGUGCAUUUCCUCCUUCAGUCUUCAUGCAGCCCCUACACAGUAUAUAUGCCUUCUACUCAUUUAUAAAUGUGGAAAAAAAAACUAGAAUUCAUACAGUGUGGUCAGUAUGUCGUGCUAGUAAGGGCCAAAUUAAAAUUAGAGCCCAGAGUCUGUCUUUGCCUUGUGUGCUGUGUUGGUCUAUGUCAGUUGGAGUCCAUGUACUCUAAGGUUACCUUAUUAUUACUCUAAGGUCAUCUUACUAUUAUUUAAAUUUGUAAAUUAAGGGUCUUUGUUUAUUUAAAGGUGGAAUUAGUAUUUGGGGUCAAGAUUAUGGAUUUGCACUACCCUAUAAAAAUCUUAAUUAUACUGUUUUAAAGAGAAGACACAAUUAUUUUUUCUGGUAGAUUAUCCACAAUAGAUUAUUAAACAACUCUUUGUUUUUAUACCAUGUUUUAUCUUGUAUCCAAAUGUACUGUAUUAGUGCUCUGUUGAGUAUGUAAUCAAAAGUUGGAAAUAUUUUGAAAGCUAAGAUCUUGUUUGACUGUUUUUAGUUAGGGAGUCAUCUAUGUACAUGAAUAACAACUAGAAGGUGAAUGUAUCUCUUUCAGGAUUAAACUGUUAACUACAGUAGGAACUUAGGAGAAAGGGGUAGUGUAAAUUUAGUUAGGGUGUCUUCGUAGAAAAGAAAGACAGAUGUGGCAAGCACUGUAGCUCAUUCUUGACUCCACCUCUUGUAAAUACUAGAUUUGAAGCAUGAAGUGUAUCAGUAAGGCAAGACCUCUGCCCAGUUACUAAAGGAUUUUGAGCUCCAGUACUAAAAAUCCCUUUAAUUAGCAAGGAUCUCACUUGAACACUUACGAAAAAUGUCAAAGGGCUCCUGAAAAUUCAGGCAAGAUUUCUCUGCCUGGGUCCAGUGCAUGGUGAUUGGUACUAAGAAGAGCCUGCCUGUGGGUCAGUGCCCCCACUGUUAGGAGCAGCUUUUCUUCCUCUGAGUGUUGGGUUUCUUUUUUGAAAAAUGGAAUUGAACUAGAUUAGUAGUAGUUCUUUGUCUUUUCAAGUCAAAGGACUCUGGAUGUUUGAAGUUUUGACCUGAAUGGGGAGUGCUAGGGUCAACUACUAACAGAGUUAAUCUCAUGGAGGAAUUGUAAAUGGGCACCUGGAGUCACAGCCCUACGAAGAACUAUGUCCACCCCAAAGUUUUAAGCAUCUAGUUAUUUUAUGACAUCCUCAGACUAAUUAAAAGUAUAAAAACUAUACUUGCUAAUCAGGUCCUUUGGGGUUUUUCACUGUAUUCAAGGAUCUUUUGUCCAAUCUUUUAAAGACCUCAUUGUAAUGACUGAAAUCCCUCAAUACAAUAGUUACAGAACUAGUGAUCUUUAAACAGCCAGUUAUUUAUUUUUUAAAACUUAAUACUGUAAGCCUAAUGAAUUUUUAAAAUGACUUAAAUGUAAUGAAUGCAGAACAGAUAAUGUCUCCAAUACUGGAGCUGUAUUUGUGUGCUUUAAGCUAAGGACUGGAAGUUACAAAGCUGAAUUGUGUGAGUUGUCAAGUUCAGACUUGGUUUGGGCAGAUGUGACCUUUUCAAGAUUUUCAUCAAGUUGAUAUUUAAAAAUAGUUCUUGUCCUAUGGAAUGGAUCUUUGUCUCACCUUUUAGAGAUCCUUCAUUUAUUUACUUGAUAGUAAGUUACAGAGUACAAAAUCGAGUAAUGCCUUGUGUAAAACUAAAACUUGAAAAUUAAUGAGGGUAGGAAGAGCCCAGCCCUGUGAGGGCUCACACUUCUCUGGCAGCUUAAACCGUCAGGAGUAGGCUGCUUCUAGGCAGUCACUCUGCUACCCGAGUUACUCCCAGCCCCUGAACAGACACCUAAAGGCCCUGUGAGCAGGGAGCUGAUUCCAGCGCCACUGGUUUGCCUUACUGUACAUUUCUGUUCUUUACUGUGAAACUUGGAAUACCUGGUCCACAUUAGAGUGGGGCAAAAAUGUUCUUCAGAGCUCAGAAUAACCAAAGAGUACCAUUCUAAUAUAUUGAUUUCUCAUAUAAUACAGAUAUUUAAAUGUUUCAGUGAUGAUUAUUUAGAUUUUAAACUCACCUUUGCAUCAGUUCUCGUAAUGAGACAAAUUAGAAUUAAAGGUAUUUGGCUUAUUUAAGAACAGAGGUUAUCAUAGCUUCGGUCAGUUUCUGUUUUGUUUUGUUUUGUUUUGUUUUGUUUUGUUUUGUUUUGUUUUGUUUUUAGA